CUCUACCUUUCUUCCUCCUCUUCUAUUUUGUUUUCUUGACACUGGCAUCUUGUUCUAACAACAUCUCUUUGUUGGUCACAUUUUCCCAACUGCCACAGCCCCCACAUUAAUUUUUUUUUUUUUCAAAUUCUAGCAAAUUUUGAAUGGUUUUAACUUCUGGGUAUUGUGAUAGGUUCCAGUUUUGGAAGUUCUAACUAGUUAUUGUAGUUGAAGUCCUUGUGCAUUUUCUGUUUGAAUACAAAGAUUUGACACUCUUAUAGUGAAAUUUGAGCAAUAUCAGCUUCAGGGUAUUGCUUCAAAGCCUUCAAUUUUGUUCCUUCUCAUCUUGUUUUGGGAAUUUAAAGAAAAUUUGUGAGGGGGGUUGGUGGGGGGUGACAAAUCGAUCAUAAGAAGAACAUUUUCAAAGACAAUGAUUCUGCUCUUCAACGGGUUCAACCUGUGGAAGUUUUACUCAAGUCUUGAUAAGAAAUUAAUUUUUGAUAAAAGCUUUUAUUUCUGGAUUUUCCAGAUCUUUAAUACGUACAGUUUGGGCUCAUAGCUACAACUUCCAUAUCAUUCCUCAUUACCUUCCUAGCUCUCUGCUGUUAUAAUUUUCAUAUAUUUUUUUUCUUUCAAAUUGGGAUACUUUUAAGAAUUUGGAUUAGUUAGGAGGAGAGUGGAGUUAUGGGUGGAGCAUCACUACCACCAGGUUUUAGGUUCCACCCAACUGAUGAGGAACUAGUGGGAUAUUAUCUUAAAAGGAAAGUGGAAGGGCUUGAAUUUGAGCUGGAGGUUAUCCCUGUGAUCGAUUUGUACAAAUUUGAUCCCUGGGAGUUACCAGAAAAAUCAUUCCUUCCAAGAUGUGACAUGGAAUGGUUCUUCUUCUGUGCACGUGAUCGAAAGUAUCCAAAUGGCUCAAGAACAAACAGGGCUACUAAAGCUGGCUACUGGAAGGCCACUGGAAAAGACCGGAAGGUUGUCUGUCAAUCCACUGUCACUGGGUACCGCAAGACCCUUGUUUUCUAUCGUGGACGUGCUCCUUUAGGAGAUAGAACAGAUUGGAUCAUGCAUGAAUACCGUCUCAGUGAUGAUCUUGCUCAGGGGCCAUCAGGUCAUCAGGGAGUUUUUGCUUUGUGCCGUGUUAUUAAAAAGAAUGAGAAUCCACAGAAGACAAAUGAUUCUCAUGGAGAGCCCAAGGCCAAGAGGGUUGGAAGUGCUUCGAACACUGGGGAGGAUUUGAGCUCAACAAGAAUCUCAAACGAGCCCUUGAACAUUUCUGAUGAUUUAGCCUCUCAAGCGAGUUACCAGCAUAACGAGAGUCAUUAUUCAAGCCAUGUUACUUCUCCAUAUGAAGUUAAUCCAAUGGCAGAGUUUGAGCCAACUUCAAGAGAGACCAACCCUGCAGACUUCUGGGUCUCGCCUGAUUUUAUUCUUGAUUCUUCAAAGGACUACCCACAGUUACAAGCAGCUAUGCCUAAUUACUUUCCACAGUACAAGAGUGCAAUGGCAUCAUGGCAGUCAUAUGAAAACACAGAAUCACCUUAUUCCUCAUACUCAAAUUUCACAGGGGGCGUAACAAUGGCCGAUAAUGCGAAUCAAGUAAGCGACAUGUCACCUUUCUCUGGACACACAGACUACACGGGCUAUUAUGGGAAUGAGGAAAUGCAAUUUGAAGGUUCUGAAAACCAAACUCCAAUUUGUAUGCAAGUUAGCAUAGAUGGGAGUUUGGGGGAACUUGGAGAACUUUGGUCGCAGGAAGACAACAUGGUCAUUGUGAUGUAGGGGUCUGCCCGGUGCCGGAUUAAUCAACUAGAGUACAAUGUAUUGUGUCAUACAGAGGGGAUAUCCAAGACAACGCCUUUUAACGUUGUUUCUUGGCGGUUAAAAAUAAUCAUCACUCGUCUUUUACAUAUAAUGGGUGGUUUGUGUUCUCUGCAGAAGUACUGUGUGGACUUUAUCUGUUGUUUGGAGUUGUUUCAGAAGCUACUUGUAAUCUUCCCACUUUUUUAUUUUUAUUUUUAUUUUUAUUUACUAUGGAGUGUAUUAGUAUCUCUGGGUGACGAUCACUUUUUUC